UACACAGGUCAGCUGAUGAAAUGACAUGGCAUCGGGCCGGGUGGGAAAAGGUGUACAGCUGAAACUCUGAAAAUCUUUUAUUUCCACGAGACAGAGGCCUGGUGUGUAGUUAGCUAAGCCAGUCGUUUUAACGAAUACCCAGCUCUAAAGCUUGUCGGUCAGUUAUUUAAGGCACGCAUUGGUGAAGCCCAACUAAGACGUAUAUACGUGGAAUAUCGAAAUGGGAGAGGAAAACCACAUAGAGAAAGCAGAGGAAAACCACACAGGGAAUGCUAACGGGGAGGUUGUUUCGGAAAGCGGUGAGAAGUACUACUCACUUGAAGAAAUAAAAUUGCACAACACGAGUAAGGACGCGUGGCUUAUAAUCCACGAUAAGGUUUACGACAUCACAAGUUUCAUGGAGGAGCACCCAGGUGGAGAAGAAGUGUUGCUCGAGCAAGCGGGUGCGGACGCCACAGAGAGCUUUGAAGACGUCGGCCAUUCCACAGAUGCCCGGGAGAUGCUUGAGCAGUACCUGAUUGGCGAGCUGCACAUGGAUGACCGCAGAAAGGAAAGUAAAAAGGAUGUAUUCAUUACAACUUCAGGAGGAGAGGGCAGUGCGUGGACCACGUGGUUGAUACCCACCCUGGCCGCUGCCGUGGUCGGCCUGAUGUACCGCUACUACACCCUGUAGCACCAGUCCUCCUGAACGUACCGCGAGCAGACGUACCACACCCGUCGUGACGGGCCUUAAAAUCUGACCGUAAACUCUUAUGUCCGGACCCACAAUGCAAUGCUGAUCUUCUGAUCCCUCGCCCCGCUGGUGAGGGGCGGGGACAAGGACGACAUCCACUCGCAUCCGCUCCAACCCCCCCUCCCCCCCCCCCCCCC